CAUUUCAGUGGCAAAUCAACUCUCAAGUGAUGCGUAGGCUACGCAAAAGUCAAGUUAAUUAUUUUUUUCAAAUUGUGAAUUAAAUUUUCAUUUGGAGUUACAUUUUUAAAUAGUGCAUCAUUUCUAAUUUACAUAAAAAAAAAAAACAAAAAUCAUAUCUAAGUUUUUGGAGAAAAAUGAAUGAUCCUUGUGGUUGUCGCUUGCACAAAGUGUGCCUAGUCAUUGGCUGGUUCUCCUUAAUAGUUGCCCUACUUUUUGGCAUUCUUAUGUCCGUGGCCUUUGAACGUUUGGAUUAUCUCGUGCAAUUUGUGGAAGAGCAAAUACAAAUCUCAGAAAAAGAUUUUGGCAUUAGAGAAGUUGUGAUUGCUGCCAUUUGUUCAUACUUCGUCCUUAGCGUGGUACAUGUGAUUACUUCGUUCUUUCUUAUUCUUGGUAUUACAAGGGAACUUCAUCGACUUUUAAUGCCCUUGUUAAUUAGCUUCAUUACAUAUAUGCUCCUCAAUGUGGCUUUAUUUAUUUAUAUUUUAUAUGUCCGUCUAGCUGCUACUUUCAAAAUAAGCACAACUCCACCGACUAUUGCGCUGUUGAUGAUUGGCAUAUGUUUAUUUAUUCAAUGUAUUCUGUGGAUUCUAAUCUUCAACCUCUACAGAAAGAUAAGAGCUGCAGGUGAUGAAAUGCUGCAAACAAUCUAUAACGGCAGUCAAGCGUCAGAUUAUACGUGGCGAUAGUUGUUUAAUGUUUUCAAAAAUAUAUCACAAAAAUAUGUUUUUAAAAAUUGGUUUUGCAUUACAUUUUUAAUUAAAGUAACAAUUUAUAAUAAAAUGAUAUGUCUAAGAAA